UUUCCCAUUGACUUGAAAAAGUCUUUCCAAUUUGUUUUUGCUUAUAUAUUCUCUUGUUAUCUUCAGGGAGCUUGGGCAACGAUUUUCUUGAACUUUCCUUGGUGGGUAAGAAGAAAAUAUGGAGAGGUCUCAUGAGCUUUUGUUGCUGCUAAUCGGAACUUUGGUCAUCAUUCAUAUUGCUCAAGCUCAAAGCCAACAAGGGUUCAUCAGUUUGGAUUGUGGUCUACCCGCGAAUGAACCAUCUCCUUAUACAGAGCCGAGGACUAAAUUGCAGUUCUCUUCAGACGCAGCAUUCAUCCAGAGUGGAAAAAUUGGUAGAAUUCAAGCAAAUCUGGAGGCUGACUUCUUGAAACCGUCAACGACGAUGAGAUAUUUUCCAGACGGAAAACGGAACUGCUACAAUCUAAACGUUGAGAAGGGAAGAAAUCAUCUGAUCAGGGCUAGGUUUGUAUAUGGAAAUUAUGAUGGUCGUGACAUUGGCCCCAAGUUUGAUCUGUAUCUUGGACCUAAUCCAUGGGCCACGAUAGAUUUGGCAAGGCAAGUGAAUGGUACACGUCCGGAGAUCUUGCACAUCCCAACAUCAAACAAGUUGCAGAUUUGUCUUGUUAAGACUGGGGAAACUACACCGUUAAUAUCGGCUUUGGAAAUACGGCCGAUGGGAAAUGGUUCUUAUCUCACCAAGUCUGGUUCUUUGAGACUUUACUAUCGAGAAUAUUUUAGCAAGUCCGAUUCUUAUAUAAGGUACCCAGAUGAUAUCUAUGACCGCCAAUGGACUUCGUUCUUUGAUACAGAGUGGACACAAAUUAACACCACUAGCAAUGUGGGAAAUUCCAAUAACUAUGAGCCACCAAAAGUCGCGCUCACUACUGCGGCCAUUCCAACUAAUGCCAGUGCGCCAUUGACGAAUGAAUGGAGUUCAGUAAACCCCGAUGAACAGUAUUACGUGUACGCCCACUUUGCUGAGAUCCAAGAGUUGCAAGCAAAUGAAACCAGGGAAUUCAACAUGUUACUAAAUGGGAAACUUUUUUUUGGCCCUGUGGUUCCUCCAAAGCUAUCAAUAACUACUAUCCUAAGUUUGUCCCCUGAUACUUGCGAAAGAGGGGAAUGCAAUUUACAGCUGAUAAGAACCAACAGAUCAACUCUUCCACCUCUACUUAACGCUUAUGAGGUCUAUAGAGUUAUUCAGUUUCCGCAGUUAGAAACAAACGAAAACGAUGUUUCUGCGGUGAAAAACAUCCAAGCCUACUAUGGAUUGAGUAGAAUCAACUGGCAAAGCGAUCCAUGCGUCCCUCAACAGUAUAUGUGGGACGGUUUAAACUGCAGCAUCACAGAUAUCUCCACGCCACCAAGAAUCACUACUUUAAACUUGUCUUCAAGUGGUUUAACUGGAACCAUAGCAGCUGCCAUUCAAAAUCUUACGACACUGGAAAAGCUGGACUUGUCGAAUAAUAACUUGACCGGAGAGGUGCCAGAAUUUCUAGGCAACAUGAAAUCAUUGUUGGUCAUAAACUUAAGCGGGAACGAUCUUAACGGUACAAUUCCUCAAUCUCUACAAAGGAAAGGACUUGAGCUACUUUAUCAAGGAAACCCAAGGCUUAUUCCACCUGGUUCACCUGAAGAAAAAUCUGGCAAGAGCUUUCCAGUUACAAUUGUUGCAUCAGUAGGUUCUGCAGCCAUUCUCAUUGUUGUGCUGGUUCUUGUACUUGUUCUCCGAAAGAAAAAGCCGUCAGCUGUUGAAGUUGUUCACCCGCCUCCAAGUAGGCCAACGAUGAACGUUCCUUAUGCUAACUCACCUGAGCCGUCAAUCGAGAUGAAAAAAAGAAAGUUUACUUAUUCAGAGGUUAUGAAAAUGACGAAUAAUUUUGAAAGAGUUGUAGGAGAAGGAGGAUUUGGCGUUGUCUGCCACGGUACUGUAAAUGGUUCUGAACAGGUAGCUGUUAAACUACUGUCUCAAUCAUCAACUCAAGGCUAUAAAGAGUUCAAAGCAGAGGUUGAUCUUCUUCUGAGAGUUCACCAUACGAAUUUGGUAAGCCUUGUCGGAUAUUGUGAUGAAGGAGACCACUUGGCCCUUAUCUACGAGUUUGUACCCAAUGGAGACUUAAGACAACAUCUGUCAGGAAAGGGAGGUAAAUCCAUCAUCAAUUGGGGUACUCGGCUAAGAAUAGCUGCGGAGGCAGCACUAGGUUUGGAGUACUUACACAUUGGAUGCACACCACCAAUGGUUCAUAGAGAUGUCAAAACUACAAAUAUAUUGUUGGACGAGCAUUAUAAGGCCAAACUCGCUGAUUUUGGUCUCUCUAGGUCUUUCCCAGUUGGAGGUGAAUCUCAUGUUUCGACGGUGAUUGCUGGUACUCCUGGUUACCUUGAUCCAGAAUAUUAUCAUACAAGCCGGUUGGGUGAGAAAAGCGAUGUGUACAGUUUUGGGAUUGUGUUAUUAGAGAUGAUCACAAACCAACCAGUGAUAGAUCGAAACCGCCGAAAAUCUCACAUAACGCAAUGGGUUGGGUCUGAGCUUAACAGAGGAGAUAUUACUAAGAUCAUGGAUCCAAAGCUAAGCGGGGAUUAUGAUUCUCGCUCUGCAUGGAGAGCUCUUGAGCUAGCAAUGUCGUGCGCUGAUCCAACCUCAGCAAAACGACCAAGCAUGUCUCAUGUUGUUAUCGAACUCAAAGAGUGUCUUGUUUCUGAAAACUCGAGGAGAAAUAUGAGUCGAGGAAUGGAUUCACUGAGUUCCCCUGAAGUAAGCAUGAUCUUUGAUGGUGAGAUGAUUCCCAGAGCAAGAUAGUUUGUGUUGCAAGUAACACAAUUGUAAAGAAACCACUCAACGAACUUACUUGUGGCUUUGACCUGUCGUGUGCGCUGUUUGUAUCUGUGAGUGCCGGUUAGGUUUUUAAACCUUCUUAUGUAAAUAGUUACUUUAUCUAUUGAAGUGUGUUCUUGUGGUCUAUAGUUUCUCAAAGGGAAAUAAAAAUGUUGAAAUCCCAUUUACAGUUGAUAACUUGAUAUACACAAACUUGGUUAUGUAAAUUUGGUGAUAUUUAUAAUCGAAAGAAAGCAAUACCA